AUGGACGUCAAGACUUUCUCCCUCGGAGACUUUGAGCUUCAGAAUGGCAAGACUCUGCCGAAUGCGGUGAUUGCGUACAAGACUUUUGGCGAGGCUGGACGCCCUGCUGUUCUUUAUCCGAGUUGGUUCUCGGGUGCGAUAUCCGAUAAUGAGUGGCUUGUUGGGAAGGACAAGACUCUUGAUCCGGGGAGGUACUUUAUUAUUAUAACGGCGCUUUUUGGGAAUGGACAGUCUACGAGUCCAUCAAACUCGGAUAUUAGUCCGUUUCCUGAUGUUUCGUUCUACGACAAUGUCAAGGCUCAGCAUCAAUUGAUGGGUCAUCUUGGGGUGAAGCAUCUACGGGCUGUUUUGGGCUGGUCGAUGGGUGCGGCGCAGACAUUUCAGUGGGCUACGCAAUAUCCCGACUUUAUGGAUAUUUGCGUUCCCUUCUGCGGAUCAGCCAAGACGUCUCUCCACAACCAGGUAUUCCUUGAGGGCGUCAAGUCAGCGCUCCUCGCAGCAAAAGGCUGCACGUCUGCAGGAAGUUCCCAGGGACGCGUCGAAACCACAGACAGGAAAUGGACCGACAAGGAGAAAGAAGUUGGUUUGAAGGCUUUUGGGAGAGGAUACGCAGGCUGGGGUUUCUCUCAGGCAUUCUACCGACAUGAAUUGUUCAAGAAGCAUUACGGUGCAGCGGAUCUUGAAGAGUUUAUGAAGAAUUUCUGGGAGAAGUGGGCGCUUAGCAAGGACCCUGAGAAUCUGCUCGUUAUGCUUCAUACAUGGCAGGCGGGAGAUGUGAGUAAGCAGGAGCCGUAUGACGGAGACUUUGAGAAGGCUAUGAAGGGGAUCAAGGCGAGGAUCCUGGUUCUGCCGAGCAAGACGGAUCUCUACUUUCCGCCUGAGGAUUCAGAGUACGAGGUCAAGUGUAUGGGAGACAAUGCGAGUCUGGAUGUUUAUCCUUCUAUUUGGGGUCAUUGGGCUGGUGGACCGCCUGGGAACAUGGAAGAUGUGAAAUGGUUGGAUGAGAGGCUAAGAAAGGUCUUUGAUGAGGCUCCUCAUAGAGAUGCUAGUUGA